UGCGUACAACUCGAGCUUUUCAAGCGUCUCUCCCUUGCGCGCGGUGUUUACGCCGAGUCCCGCUGAGCUCAGAGGACGCGUCCCAUCAUCACUAAAUGACGCGCCGCAGCAGCGCCGCAGUUUUACAUCCACACCACAGCUCCACGCGCGCUCAACACAGAUGGACCCGCAUCAUCUGAGGACUUCAGAGUGAUUUUACUGUCGCGAUUGUGUUUUACUUUUUUUUUUUUUUUUUCUGUAAAAUGAGCGGAGGGGAAAUCAUCUGUCAGGGAUGGUUGAGAAAGUCGCCACCCGAGAAGAAGCUGCGGAGAUAUGCUUGGAAGAAGCGCUGGUUUAUCCUCCGCAGCGGGCGAAUGAGCGGAGACCCGGAUGUUCUUGAGUACUACAAGAGCGACCAUGCCAAAAAGCCCAUUCGCAUCAUUGACCUGCACUGCUGCGAGCAGGUGGACGCCGGCCUCACCUUCAAACGCAAAGAGUUCCAGGACAGCUUCGUGUUCGACAUCAAGACGGCCGAGAGAACCUUCUACCUGGUGGCAGAGACAGAGGAGGAGAUGAACCGCUGGGUGCGCUCCAUCUGCCAGCUGUGCGGCUUCAACCAGUCAGAGGACAACCAUCACGAUGAGAGAGCGUCAACCACCCACAUUUCACGCUCCUUGGCUAAUGAUCUAGGUGGCUCUCUGGCACCUCUGAUUGGUGAACGUAAAACGUCUGUACCCGCCCACUCCAGCCAGCCGAUGCUUUUCACAUUCGACAUACCUGUACGUCACUCCCACAGCACUCUGUCUAAUAGUGCUCCUCAGGACUACCUCUUUCUCCAUCAGUGCAUGAGCCGCAAGAGUGAGAGUGCCCGGAGUGCCAGUUUCUCGCAGGCCUCGCGCAGCAGUCUUCUGGUGGGCAGUGACUCAGCCGUUCAGAGACUCACUCACGGUUUCUCUCACUGUCUGAAUGGCAUGGGCGCCCAGCUUCACGGUUUCUACAGCCUUCCCAAACCCGGCAAAAAUCAGCAGCCCCCUUCGCGGACCGACUCACGCGACGCUUGCUAUGUUCUGCCCAGGGGUUACAGCUCUGAAGGGGCGUCAGAGCUCGAAUCAGAUGAAGUCUACACCUAUAAGACCCCCAAUAACACUCUAGCAGCCCCCCAAACCAAUGAGCAGAGGGCCCUCGAUAACUAUGAUUUACCCAGCGUUCCUGGUUCCGUCUAUCAGAUCCCUCGAUCGUUUGAUAAGAACCACAAUGCCCUGAUGCCAUCCAGUGCUGACUCCACAAAUGCGCCUCCUCCUAGACCUCCCAAACCCAGCCAGGGCUCAGAGACGCGGUGGGGCAGCCCGCUAUCCAUGGGGGCUCAAAAUGGAGAGGUCUCCACAGUGUCCGUCAUCCCCAGGAGGAACACACUGCCGGCGGUGGAGAACAUCAAGCUUCACAGAGGAUCCUCUUUUGAGACCAGCAAUAACCAAAGGCCAGUCUAUUUCAACAAUUCUGGUCAGUCAGUGGAGUCUGUAAACGAUGGCUUCAGCUCAUACCUGAGAACUAAAGCCCCAUUGACCCGCUCCGAUAGUGCCGGCUCUGAGGAUAACUAUGUACCCAUGAAUCCCGGCUCGUCCUCCUCCCCUCUCAGUGCCGCCCUGGCUGACAGUCCUAAAAAUAAUUAUAUUCCCAUGAGCCCGGGUCCUCACCAUUUUGAUUUCCCAGGAUUUUCAGCGACAUUACCAGCCAGGAAGGGCAGUACGGCAUCGCUAUGUCUCCGACCUGGCCGACUUAGUGACGUCACACCACCACCGAUUAACCGCAACCUUAAACCCAACCGGACUACAAAACCUACACCUCUUGACUUAAGGAACAAUGGCAUCAUUGAUGAACUUCCCUUCAAGAGCCCCAUCACCAUGUCUUGGAUCAGACCAACGCCUGUGAACUCCAUCUCGUCGCAGCCCUGUCGGCCCAUUUCGACCCAGAGCAUAACCAGCACUGAUUCUGCCGACAGUGAGGAAAACUAUGUGGCAAUGCAAAACCCAGUGUCUACCUCCCCAGCGAUGAGUGGUACCAGCAGUCCUGCGCCCAGGAAUUGUGGUAAUGUGGACUAUUUGGCUCUGGACUUUCAGCCUGGCUCCCCUGGUCCACACAGAAAGCCGUCCACCUCUUCAGUGACCUCAGAUGAAAAAGUAGACUACGUCCAAGUGGACAAGGAGAAGACACAGGCGCUUCAGAACACCAUGCAGGAGUGGACAGAUGUGAGGCAGUCAAGCGAGCCGGCUAAAGGCAUCAAGUCCUGAUGAUUUUCAAAUGUGCACACUGAAUGUGUCACUCCAAAUGCUCUUAUACUGUACCACCGCGAUAUAAACUGAUUUACCUGUGACAAAAUAGCGAAUGAUACACCAACUAAAGCCAUAGAUUCAGUACGUUUGGUCUUUUGGACAAAAAAACUCCUCUGAAAAGCCUAGACUGUCUUGCCACGCAUGUUAGACAUGUUUAACUUUUCAAAGUGCAGUGCAACCAAACUUGAGCUACUUGCUCAAGCAGUGAAUAUUUAAAUGUAAUUAUAGGUGACGUGUGCAAUUUUUUUAGAAUGUUAUAAUAUUUUAAUCACAGCUUAAAAUUCAGAGACAGCUAGAAAUCUACUCGUCGUGUGAUCCCUCCAGAAAAGUGUAAACACUGUGACUCCAUCAAAACAUUGCUCUGUUUGUUUGAGCAUCCUGACCAGCCUGACAUAGUAACACUGGCUCAACCAAUGCCAUUAGUUUGGGACGUGGCUGUCUGACCAAUGGCAUAAAGGGGGAGUGUUCAGGAAACCUGUUUGAAACUCAACAUUUUUAUAUGUUUAGUGGCACUAGUCAAACAGAAAUUACACACCUCACCUUUAACAGUGUUAUUAGGGGCAGGACAGCACUUCAAACUCAAAAUAAUCUGAAGUCACAGGGGUCUGGCUGCCAAUUUGAAUUGCAAUUUGCCUGUUAAUUCAGCAGAAGAGAGAAGGUCUCUUUUUUCCGAUUUUUUGAGUCAAGAAACGUAUUGGAUGUUUUCACACAUGGUCUAACACUUUAUAUAAAUAUUGGCUUAUAUGCGAAUGCCAACCCAGCCCUUUUUACAGUAAACCAAACUCAGGAGGUGGUCUGUCCACAGAUCACUCAAACGAUGUAUCGUAUCUUUUCAAAAAGGUUCCCACCAAAAUUCAACUUGUUCGUUUCACUUCAAUUAUGUUUGCUUUACUUGUGUGUAACGCAAACAAAGAUAUUUAGCAAAAUGACCGAGUGGCUCGUUUUCAUACAUCGGAAGAAGAUGUUUACAUAUGGGUGUCACAAUAUACUAGUGUUAAAGAAAAUAAAAUAUGCACGUUACUACUAUACAUACAUUGCACCAUAAGGGGCCGUUCAAACAGAACAUGUCUUCAUGUCUAAAAAAAAACGAGGCUUUGUGUUUAGGGGCCUCAUUUAUACUUCUGAGCAGGUCUGAGCAGACAUACCAACACAGUUUCACGACCAAUUUGUACGUAUUUUACGAGGUGGCUAAUUCAUACUAAUUCGUACGUCCUCACUCUGACGAUUUUGUACGAUUUGUCUAAAAUCCCAGUGAUGGGUAGGUUUAGGGGCAGUGUUAGGUGUAGGUAAUUCGUACAAGAUUGUACAAAUUACUCUGUUCUUCCUAGACUUCCCAUCUGAAAGACACACGUAAGUGCGUUUUGUUUAGACACGUUAAUUUUUGAAACACACAUUUGGGAAAUUAUCGUAAGGUUGAUUUUAGGAUGGUUUCUGUGCAACAGAACUUUAUUAACAGAACUUUACAGAAUCCAAGGGUUUGGAGACGUGAUGCAACAUUUGCCAUGUUGAACUGCUACUGUAAACAACUGCUUGCAACGCAGGCCCCGCCUCCAGGGUCUUCUGACUGAUCCACUAUUUUGGAACUGACAUUGAUGAGCAAAAGAGACAGAGUUCUUGUGUGAGAUACUGCAAAACACUUAAGACGCAAGCUUAACGGUCUUACACAUUUGUCUAAUGCAUUUACAUAGACAAACAAUGGAAUGGAAAAACAUGUUCUGUGUGAACGCCCCAAAACAUUGGUUGUCACCCAUGGGUUUUUUUGUUAGACACCCCACUUUACUUUUAUUUUAUUUAUAUCACAUAAAGAUAUAUAUCAUUAUAUAUAUAUAUAUAUAUAUAUAUAUAUAUAUAUAUAUAUAUAUAUAUAUAUAUAUAUAUAUAUAUAUGUGUAUGUAUAUAUACCCCCAUACACUAUUUUUGAGCAUUUCAUUGGCAAAAAAUAAAUAAAAUAUCGCUAUAAUUAAAAUUAAAGUAAAAAUUUGACAGCUUUUCACACCAAGGACGAUAACUGUAACGAUAACCGCACGUUUUAAUAUCUUUUUAUAAAUCAAUGAGACUAAUGAGAAACAACGUGAAUCAAAGCCUACACCUCAAUUGUAAUGAGAACAGCACUGAAAAACAUGAACUGUAAAAACCUUGACAACUUGCAAGUCAAGAGUGUUUGAGAGUUUUUAAGGUGGAACAUGACAUUAUUGGAACAUGCACUAAAUUGUUAUUGCGCCUUAGUUAUCAUAAUAGUUUUCUUUAUUGCUAUCAUUCUUGGUGUGAAUGGGCCUUUAGUAAGAAAUGGGUUUUUGUAAUAUUUCUUAAAAGUUCCAGAAUGGUAUCGGCAAAGACCUUCUCCUUCUAGCUUGACAGAGAUGCACCUCAAAGUAUUCAAUGGGCGGUCCUUUACUUUGCAUGCAGUCCGAAUAGGGAUGUGUGUCCUUUUCCCUAAAACACAUUGCUUCCUUGGCUGGCCUUACGGAAUAGCAAACGUACAUAUUCAAAAAAAAAAAAAACAAUAAAUUAUCUAUUCAUAUACUAAUAUAAACACACUGGUUGUCAGAGGAAAUGUACAGACGGUUAAAAUCGCUCGCAUUUAUCAGAAUUUUAAAUGCUAUACUUUGCUCUCAAAGCUUUUAUUACAGCAAAAGGCCCAAAUACGAACUGUUCCUAGGUUCAGCAAACUGGCUAGUUAGCGCAAGCGGCUGUAGCUGUAAAUCAGCCAUGCUUUAUGCCUGUUGAGAUUAGCGGAAGGACUCUUACACGGGGCAUGUUGUUUUUGUGAUGGACACCUUACAUGUUUAAUGGGCUGGACUAGCUGUUUUCUGAACAAUGUCGGACGUAGAGCAUAAAGAUGGGGCACAGAAAUGACACACUUCACUGUUAAACUGUGAUGUUUUUUUGUUGUUGUUGUUUUGGGGGUUUUUUAUUCACGGUAAACAAUGGUUCAGCUGUGGAGAGUUAAAACUAUAAAAACACUGUUUCGUCGGACAACAGUGCCAAUUAUUUAGAAAAUGAGUAUGAUGACAUUUUAAACAGCCUAAAUAUGUCAGAAUACAAUGUUAGCAUCAUUUAGGGUAAAUGAGAUAUGCUGAAAUGUAAUUAUAUCUAAACACGCGCUUGCUCAAGUUUAGGGGUAAAAAUAUAAAUUUGGCGCCAUAUUCAAUUUGAAAUCAAUUCAGCCCAUUAUUAAUUUUUAAUAAAGGAGACUGUAGAGUUUGACGUUUCACUCAGUAUUUUAUGGCGGGCUGGGACCUCCAAAUACUCCAUUUCUAGCAGUACGGGAGAUUUAUUAUUUGCCUUGUAACUCAUCAUUUCAUAUUCCAAAACCAUUUUGUAUUAAGUUAGUUUCAACUUUACAUAUGAGGUUGUAAGUAGUCUGGACUUGUUAAAUAAACCUUGCUUAGAUUGUCUGUUAGAUCCAAAAACCUUUAAUGUGUUUCAGUGGAUUAUUUAAAAACGUGCUUUACAAGACUGCCAUUCUUUUAUGAUGUUAAAACUUCGUGGGACAUUUAGUGGCACUGGCAUUGGCCUUACCGGUUCAUUAAUGUUUAAGUGAACUUACAGGCUAAAAUUGGUUUCUUAAUGUCUUUUUCUAUUCUGAAAAUAUGUAUUGUUAUGGGAGAGUACUAGUAAAUGAAUAUAAUACUUGUGUGUGAGCUGUAGUAGAACCUAUGCUGUAGUUUGUUAAGGGGUCAAAGCGAGGCAGAUGAGAAAAACUACUUUGACAAAUGUAAUUAAUCGAGUGGAUUUUUAUUCUGUAAAGCAUUUCUGUUCAACUCUUGGUCGCUUGUGAAUUAAUUUAUUAAUUUAUUAUGUGUUUUUGCAGGCGGGCGAAAGAUGUACAAAGAAUGAACUUGUGGCUCUACUAACAUUAAUUUAUGCUAUGUGUGCUGAUUUUGUGAAGCAGUAUGCCAAGCAAAGCCAGUAAAACGGUCAAAUGUGGUACAUUUGAGAUGUCUGUCCUUUGUCUUGAUGUGCUAUGAAAUUGCAAAAAAAAAUCCAAACCCGUUUUAUUAAACAGAGUAAGAUCC